AAUAGCAACCUACUGUAGUCACAACCAGAGCUACAUGGCUCUGGACACAACCACAAAUGCUAUAGUCAAUAUGACAGAAGGAGACGCGCGGUGUGUGCCAUGACAGAAAACACGUGUAGUUUUAAUGAGGAUCAAGAACGGCAUUCUACAAUGUCUUUGAUUGAGUGCGGAGAUGCAUAUUGUGACGGUAACAUUGAUCAACAUGGUCCAGACCAUAGUGACUUUGGAGCAUGGUUCGAUUGCUACAACGACUUUUCCACCACAGACAGACAGUUCCUGAAAAUAAGCAUAGAUCAAAGAAAAGAUGGAGCUGGAACGCGAAGAACUGUAAACUACUGUAACAUCCCAGCGGUGUUUAUUGAUCGAUCCAAAUUGGGCAGGGCUCGCUGCAUAAAGCUUUGCCAGAGUCAGGGCCAAGAAGUGGAUCGCCAUCCUGACUGUGAUUUGACAAGUAGACCUAGUACUGGACAAAAAUGUCAUCAUGAGAGUGCGACUGGAGACAACAAGGAGAAAGUGAUUCCUGAAAACAAGAUUAAAUGGUCUAGUGAUAAAAACCCAAAGAAACCUUGUUCUGUUGAAGAUCUUGAGGGACCAAUAUGCAUUAGGCCUACAUGCUGUGUUAAGUCAUAUCAAAAUUCAGGAGACGUCUCACCUACACCAGACCCAUCCCAUCAAACCUCCAGGAUGAAAAAGCACAGCUUGUUUCGGUCACCGGCCAAUGUUAACUCAGUGUCUUGGAAUCAAGCAUUCAGACACAGGGGGGUGAAAAAAAAGGUGACCAGUGAUGUCAUGAAGGACAUCUCCCUGUCGACGCACAAAAACAAUAUUGUGUGGUGCAGAAAGUGGCCAGAUCCUCCCAGUGGCCAGUGCAGAAACAAGCUCAAGAGUCCUGGAGGCUCUGGGAGGGAGGGAAAAGACAUGAACAAGGCCAUGCCUGUGUUCACAGAAACAGGAAGAGGCUCAGGAUGCCAGAGAGUGGAGCAACUGCACAGGGCUGUUGUGUCCCCCUUCACCAAGAGGUUCCAGACCCCAAUAUUCUGGCAUGGUCACCUGCGAUCCCGGCCUCCGAAGUUCAGUGACAGAUACACCACACUCCCACGAUCCGCCCCACCUCAGACACUGCUAAUUGAGUCAAGCAGGAGGAUGUACUUUAACAAAGCCAUUGACAAACCUUGGAUGUAAUAUAAAGAUAUUUGUGAUAGCGAUUAUAUAAUUCACUGAGCAGAUUCACUGAGAGUUUUUUUUUCUCUCUUAUUGCGAUACUGCAUGGAGUUUUGUGUGCUGCCGUAGAGACAAGAAGCUAAUGAAGUGAAUAUGAUUAAAUUCACUAGGACUUAAACACUGACUCACACGUCUAUCACUGAUCAUUAUGCUUAAGCAGCAGCAAGUUUACGGAUCUAUUGGAAUGGAGGUUAAGCAUAUGUUGGGCUUGUCACCAUGACCUGCCUUAUCAGAAUAUCAAAUCUACCCUGUAUAUGUCCCAACAUAUUGUUGCCUAAUAUGUGCCAUUGAUUUGGACAAGGUAACGAAGAACAUUGGGAAAGGGUUAAAUGUGUGUUGUUCAACCACUAGAGAUCCUUCGUUGACAACUAGAGGGCAGUAUUGAUGUCUACUGAAACAAUGUAUGCUGCAGAGUAUCUCAGUGGGGACACACAAGAAUCGCAAUUGUCAUGUAUCUUUAUAAAACCAUAAACUUUAUAUUGUUCAUGAUAUGACCUUAACAUUUUAGAUUUCAUCGUUCAUUAAAUCCUCCUGUGAGCAAG